AUGUCGUCCCUCGAGGUCCCAGAAAUCUUGUACAGGAUAGGCGAGUACCUCCCACGACGGGAUCUCGUCACAAGUUUUCGGGUCUGCUCUUCCUUUCAUUCCAGUCUUGCUCCGCUCCUUUACCGAGAAUUGGACCUCGCCUGUGGCAUCUCCUCCACUAGCAACGUUAGCAGUUAUGGUCGUGGUUAUGAGUCUGGUCGCAGUGAUGGCAAUACUACUCUGGGACAUGGCGACAAUGAUGAUGACACCAUUAACGACAACAACGAUGGAGGGCACAGGAGAUGGCAGCAGGGGCGACGACGUUGUGGACGAAUGCUUGGACGACGGACGGCGCCGACAGUGUUGAGGGACAGAUACGCGCCUUUAGUCCGGAGGAUCAAGUUGGAGACCAGUCUUGCCGCUGAGUACUUGUCCGUUGGGUUCACACACCUCACCACUAUCACCCUGUCAUACAACGGCGAAUCUUCUUCUCACAAGGCAGGAAUAACACCAACAACGACCAUUGGAGCAGGUGCAGGGGCAGGGGUAGCAGGAGGAAAGAGGAGAAGGACAAAGUGGCCCCCAGGAGAAGGCUCUGACAUAAAGGACAACAACGAAGUACAAGAAUCGGAUCAGGAUGAAAAGGACACAACGGUCGAUAACACAAAGGCAUUGGUGCAACUGGUCCAGGAUAACAAAGACUUGGUCUCGUGGACAUUCGAAAAGUUCCGGACAAGUCACUUCUCGGCCGAGGUCUGGAAAGCAAUCGUCGAGGCCGCACAAGACCGUCUAGAGUCGAAGCGAAUGCCCUAUGGAGAUCGGAUAAUGUCGGCAACAGCAGCAAGGACGGGGUUGGAGUUGCUGGAGGUCAAGCAGAUGACGGUCGACAAGGAAUCAGGACCUUGGUUCGUCAAGGCCUGUCGGUUAGCCAAGGUCUUGAAACUCGUCGUCGUCGACCUCACCCACGCCAAUCUCCUAUACACACAGGAUCCAGUACCCCCGCCCUUAUUACCUCCGCCCUUACCGCAAUUUCACGAACAAGAUCCGGAAAACCAUGCAGUGGCACUGAUACCACCGAUGGCGCAGGAGAUCAACAUGUGGAGCCUACGAGGAUUCUCGUUCAUGGACCAACUCCGCUUCCUUGUUGAGUGCUCACAGGCCCGCUCCAUCGCCUGGUCCUCUCCAUGCGCCCAAUGGCGCUACGAUCUUUGCCACCUCUCCCUUCACGACCUAGAAUCCCUUAUUAACCCCGAUCAACACCAGCACCAACACCGGCAGCGACAACAACGCAUGCUAUGGCCUCACCUCCAUUCCCUUCGCUUCUCAGAAUGGCUCCGUGGGAAGAUCGACCCGACAGAUAUGUCCGCCCUCGGAACCUACAUCUCAACUCUCCUCAACUCCAUUACCUCCCACAACCAAAUCCGCUUCUUCCGUCUCUCCGGCGCGAAAAUGCAGUCCAUGGCUGUACCCAUUCUACAGCAACAUCAUAACCUCAGCCUCAACCAUAUCCGUCUCCGAGGAUGUCCGAGUGCCACCAGUACCAUGAUUCAAGGACUUUUGGAGUCUUGCCCAAAUCUGACGACACUCACCGCCAACAUCUUGUCGAUUGACGCCAUCUCCAGGGGAAAGCCCUGGAUUUGCAAGAACCUCAUUGAAUUCCAAGUGUACCUCGACCUGACACUAGAACCAGUACAAUACCCAAGAACAAGAGCUUUCACAGACCGAACGCAAGAAGCUCACCGCCUCGUCUUCACACGCCUCGCAACCCUCUCAGCCCUCGAACGCCUCCUCAUCUCCCGGGUUCUAACCCGCGGGAACAGCGCCAUCUCCCGCCAGGAAAACCUCCACAGCCUAAACCUCCGUCUUUCUUGUGGACUGGACGCCCUCUCGACUUUGAAGCAAUUAAAGGUCCUGAAUUUUGUCGACGUCGAGCAAGUACUGGACAAGGACAGCGUCCAAUGGAUGAUUUCGAGUUGGCCGAACCUUGGCUGUGUCCAGGGGAUGUUGGCUCCUUCCCUAGAACAGAGUUCCGCCCUUGCUACCCUCAUGACCAACCACGGAGUGUAUUACAGUUGUGCAUAA